AGCUUUCCAAAUGUCAGCACAGUGAGCUUGUCAGUAACCGCGUAACAUGGUAACUUCAGGAACACACUCAGUGUUGUCAUUCGGUAUUAAGACGUUUCGUUGAGCUUCACGCAACUUGACGUCUGGACCGACGGACGAAUCCGCACCAGCCAAUGGGGGAGCGCUUUGUUUCGGCGUCCGACAUUUCUGGUGGGGCGUUUCAGCCAGAGGCUCAGGAAAUUAUUAUGUCCUCUAUUUAUGUCCCAUUAUUAGCCCUUUGCGCUAAAAACGACAUUAUGGAGGCCUCUCGCCCGUAUUUGCACUGAUCAAUUGUACCCCAACAUUCAUCUCCAUAAUGAAGAAAAAGCCAAACACUAUGGUUCUUCCAAAGCGUGGGAGACCGGUGACAAACGCAUCCGCAGCAGAGGAGUGCAGAAUCCCAUUGGACUCCAAAACCGUCCAGGAUUCGUCUCUUCCUCUCAGACGCCUCACCAUGUCACAGCACAGUGACAACCUCCUUGCGUUUUUGAACGAGGACCGGACCCGGCAGCGGUUCUGCGAUGUGUCCGUGUCGGUGGGUGGGACGGUUUAUAGGGCCCACAAAGCCGUCCUGGCCCACGGGAGCAGCUACUUUCAUGCAGAGCUCUCCAAGAGCUCGGGUACAAUGACUCACGUCACCCUGGACCACGUGGAGGAUUCGGUUUUCCAGCAUCUCCUCGGCUUCCUGUACACAUCAGAGUGUGUCGUUGCAGAGACAGAUCUCCCAGCUCUAGCUGAAGCAGCCAGGUUCUUGGAUAUGAUGGACGUAUUAAAGCUCUUGUGUGAGGACGGGAAAGCUACCUCUUCCCAGGGAGAGACGAGGGAAACUGAGUUAGAAAUUCUCUCCUGUGACGCUGCUGGGGCGGACACAGAGGUCCAGAGCACCCCGAGCAGCAAAAUCUCCCCGCAGCACAGUGUUGCUGAAAGUACUAAUCCAGCUUCAGGUAGGGAGGUGAAGACAUGUCCAAAAAGUGCUACCACACGGAGAUCGGCUUGUACAAGAAAAAACCCCUCUAAACAUAAGAAAGACAAUGGAAAGUACUCUGUCAGCAAUACUGCGGAGCAGCAAAGCGUUGAAUCACCAGGGAGACCAGAUGAACACAAAGUGGACAGUGUUUUGGAGCUUAAUCGUGACGUGAAAGAGACCCCCAAACCAUCUCAGGGCGACGACAUGAUGGAGGAGGACACGGAGGAGGACGAGCAAGAUGUUAACACGGGUGCUGUUUCACAGAAGAACAUUUGUGAGGUUUCUGGGAACGACAGGACGGCUUUAGAGGAAGGUUCACACACUGACAGAACGGAGGCGCCAUCCGGGCUAGAUCGGGAAGUUCACCUGCCUCCAACAGCAAGCGCUAAUCAGAGUCCAGAGUAUCCUGAGGGUCUGGCUCCAGUUAUCAUUCAAACAUCCAGCAAAAAGACUCUCAAGUGUCCCAAAUGUGAGAAGACGUUUGAUCGUGCAGGGAAAUACGAGAGUCACACCAGAGUCCACACGGGAGAGAAGCCUUUCCAGUGUGACAUAUGCCUCCAGUGCUACUCCACCAAGUCCAACCUGACGGUGCACAAGAAGAAGCACACAGGCGAUGCUCCCAUUCCAAAGAAGGAGCACAAGUGUCCCUUCUGCAACAAACUCCAUGCCAGCAAGAAAACUCUGGCCAAGCACGUCAGAAGGUUUCAUCCCGAUCACACACAGGAGUUUUUCGCUGCGAGGAAAAAGAAGAGCGAAGGCUGGAAAUGUGCAAUUUGUUCGAAGACGUUCAGCCGCAGGCCUCACCUGCAGGAGCACAUGAUCCUGCACACCCAGGACCGGCCCUUUAAAUGCUCAUUCUGUGACGAGUUCUUCAAGUCCAGGUUUGCAAGGCUGAAGCACCAAGAGAAAUAUCAUUUGGGCCCGUUUCCCUGUGAGAUCUGUGGACGUCAGUUCAACGACACCGGCAACAAAAAGAGGCACAUAGAGUGCACACAUGGAGGCAAACGAAAGUGGACCUGCUUUGUUUGUGGGAAAUCAGUGAGGGAAAGGACGACAUUAAGGGAACACUUGCGUAUCCACAGCGGAGAGAAACCUCAUCUCUGCAGCAUUUGCGGGCAAAGUUUCCGUCACAGCAGCUCCUACAGGCUUCACCUCAGAGUCCACCAUGAUGACAAGCGCUACGAAUGUGACCAGUGUGGGAAAACCUUCAUACGCCACGAUCACCUGACCAAACAUCAGAAAAUACACUCUGGUGAGAAAGCGCACCAGUGUGAAGAAUGUGGGAAGUGCUUCAGGCGCCACGAUCAUCUAACAGUGCACUAUAAAAGUGUUCAUUUGGGAGAGAAGGUUUGGCAGAAAUAUAAAACUGCUGUGCAUCAAUGUGAGGUUUGCAAGAAAGAGUUCAAAGGAAAGUCCAGUUUGGAGAUGCACUUCAGGACUCACUCAGGCGAGAAACCCCACAGAUGCCCAGAGUGCCAUCAGACUUUUCGGAUCAAGAAGACCUUAACGAAGCACAUGGUGAUUCACUCGGACGCCCGUCCCUUUAACUGUCCGCACUGCAGCGCCACCUUCAAGAGAAAAGACAAGCUGAAGUACCAUGUGGACCACGUGCACAGCGCCAGGAUCAGCGAGCCGCCGUCCAGCCAGGACAAAGCCGCCUCUGCUCCUUUUCAGGAAACCUCAAAGACGUACCACUCUGACCCCAAGUCGGCGCCGCGAAGCGCCUCCAACCCGGCCACCGUCUGCAUCCCCGUCACUUUAGUCCCUGUUCCCAUGGCAGCAGGAGGUCCGGGAGACCUUCAUCCCCACCGGGCCGCCUCUCUCUCGUCUCAGACCCACAGCGUGGUGAAUGUUCAGGCUCAGGGCCAGCAGCAGCAGCAGAACCCGGGCUACCAGGCAGCAACAGAUCUGGCUUUCUUAGAGAAGUACACCCUGACCCCUCAACCGGCCAACAUCGUCCAUCCCGUGAGGCCCGAUCAGAUGCUGGACCCUCGAGAGCAGUCGUACCUGGGGACGCUGCUGGGCCUGGACUCGGCUUCCUCCGUUCAAACCAUCUCCGACUCUGAUCACACUCACCGAUGAAUGAAUCCACUGGAAAAUGUGCAGAUUUAGGACCAAAACUGUAUGAACAGCACCCGACCCAGUUUGAUUCAACAGUAACGCCCAAAGAGAGAUGUUAACACAUUGACUAUUUCUAUCCGAUCUUUUAUAUAAUUUAUAUCGGCACAAUAAUUUUUAACAGAUUAGAAGAUUUCAUUUGAUGACAUUUAAAACUUAAGUGCUUUUAGCAGCUAAGCUAUUGAUGAAUGAACUUUGUUCUGUUAAACAAAUGGUACGCUCUCAUUUCCUGGUUGGGUGAUUAAUUUAUCCUCUUAAUACAAGCUGAAUAAAACAGCUGGUCUUUACAUCCA